UCUGUACCCCUUGUUUUGAGGAUGAUAUUCGAGAACAAGCUGUGAAAUAUUGUCAUGAAUGCCAGGAGUUUUUGUGUACAGGAUGCACACGACACCAUGGGAGACUGAGAAUGACUCGAUCCCAUAAGCUCGUAGACAAGAACGAGGCAAAACAAGGGUUACAUGUGACCGUGACAACAAAAUGUUUAUAUCACCCAGAUCGUGACAUAGAGAUGUACUGUGAGGAACAUGACAUGGUUUAUUGUUUAAAGUGUAUUGCUACAGACCAUAGGUCCUGUAAGGGAGUGUCAGGUUUAGACGACUUAUCAGUUUCUACUGAUCAGAAAAGAGAAACAGAACGUUUAAAGGCUGACAUUAUGAACAUCCAAGACCGUUUAGAAAAUACUGAUAAGAAAACAAAAACAAACAUGAAAUGCAUAGAGGAACAAAUAGAGGGAAUUGCGAGCGGCAUGGUAGAACAUAUCCAGAAGUUGGAGCGUGAAGCUUUGGAAAUUCUCGAUGCGGAAUAUUGUUUGGUCAAAGGAGACCUAGAGAAAAAUACGUCUGAGAUAAGUAAAGCUAAUGAAGAGGUUGAGCAGGUAAGAAGUCAAUUACAAGACUUGGACAGUCUGGAGACAAAACAGCAGUUUGUUCAGACAAAACUGGUACAACAAACAUUAAACGAUGCAGUAAAAGUAUUUGAACAAAUUGAACCUAAGGGAAUUCAAUCAUUGCAUUUCAAGGAAAAUUCAAAAUUAAAGUCCUUAGUCAGUUCAUCAACAUGUUUAGGGUCUGUACAAAAGCUACCAGAAAGCAAAAGUAUGCCGACAUCAAGGACGUAUAAAGUACGUUCACAGAAGGAGGAAAAUAUCCGCAUGAAAAACGACAAGAUGGAUCCCUACAUUUGUGAUUUAUGUCAGCUUCAAGACGGUACAAUAGUAUUGACCGAUAACAAUAAUAUGAGGAUAAAGAGGCUUGGUGUAAAUUAUAACAUUAAAGAUUGUGUUCAUCUAGAUUCAUAUCCUACAGGUAUCUGUUGUACUGGUAACACUGAGGUCGCUGUGAAACUUACCAAAAACAAAGUUUAUUUUAUAUCAGUAGCAAGCUCAUUAUCUAAGGUGAGAGAUAUAUCUGUUACAGGUGGACGUUGCUUGGGAAUGAAAUAUUGUGCUGGAGAGUUAUGGGUAUCUGAUGUAAAUGGUGUAAAUGUAUACAGUAUGGCUGGUACAUUAUUAAAAUCUGUCAUUUCUGAUGUCAAAAACAAACCUAUGUUUGACUCAACUCCACAUCAAAUGGCUGCCAGUGAAGGGAAUGUUUUUGUAACAGACAACAGUGAUGGUGCUGUCUGUUUGACAAGAGAUGGUACAUUGAAAAGUGAACUGAGAGAUAAAAGGCUUGCUGAAGCACGUGGUGUAUGUGUAUCCAAUGAUGGGACUGUGUUUAUUUCUGGGUGCAGCUCACACAACAUCAUGAUGUUUGAUAGCGAUGGAAAAUGCCUUGGAGAAUUAGUUGCUAAAGAUUUCGGUCUAGUAAAUCCACUAUCAUUAUUGUUCGAUGAGAAGAGAAACUGUUUUGUUGUUGCAUGCUAUCCUGACAAAAUCAUAAUUUAUUACAUCUGACAAUUUAAAAAAAAUACUUCCGCUGUUCAUGUAUAAUGAUAAAUCAAUACUUAAGGUGUUUUAUAACUGAUACUAAAUCAAUACUAUAUGUAGAGCUUUGGUAUGCUGUCCAGCUGUUGGUGUUUUUGUUCAGUUUAUGUUGAUUAUGUAUAGGUUAUAAAGGCAUAGAUUGUGUGUUUCUGUACAUACAUAUAUGCAAUGAAAAUCAUGCUAGUUGGUCAAUGUGUCCACAUGUUAUUUGCCAAAUAAAUCUAUUUAUUUCUGUUU